GCAAGUCUUUUUGCUGCAAUGUUACCGCGUGUUUUUGCCUCGAACCUCCGCCCGUGCUUCCACCGACCUGCCCUUUUCAUUGCGGAUUUCGCUCACACGGACUCUUCCUCGCUCGUGUCCGUCCCUCAGCUUGCCAGCCUGCUACUGCUCGUCUGCGGCGCCUUCGCCGGACCAGGGCCCAGGAACGCCGACGGGGACCUUGACACCUCGGCCCAGACUCUGGUGCCCGUGGGCGCCGAGCCAUUCUUCCCGCCGCAGCCGUACUCGUUCGCGUACGACUCCCCGAACUUGGGCGGCCACCACGGACACGAGGAGUCCGGCGACGGGUCCGGCCGCGUGUCCGGCCGUUACUUCCUCUCCGACGCCGACGGCCGCGUGAGGACCGUCACGUACGUGGCCGACGAGUUUGGCUACCGCGCCGACGUGGUCACCAACGAGCCCGGCACCGAGUCCAGGAGUCCAGCUGACACGACGUUCACGUCCAGCGCCCUACCCGGACCCGACGCGGCGGCAGCCUUCGAGUCGACCAGGCUCGGAGGACCUGGGGCCGUCCUCGGCGGACGGUCUUGAGGAGGGAACUUGGCACAGGCGUCGCAACAGGGCGGGGGAAGGGGCGAAAAUCUCUCCCACUGCCGUCUUCCCCCUCUGAAGGACCUUAGCCAAUACCACCCGGAAGACAAGCCCUGCGACGCCUCCCCAGACGUCUCUGCUAGUGGAUCGGCGCACCGCAGCUUAGCUUGCGUUUGCGUCGCCGUCAGCGCGUCUGCGAUGUUAGCGUGCGGCGACGCCAAGACGUACGCUUCUGUCGCUUCGCGGCGACUCUCUCGGAGCAUCCGCGUGUUUUCCGCUUAGGGUGGAUCGGGAAUCUGCCGACGCCGACAUGAUACGCAAGCUCUGUCUUCUGGGUGGUAUAUUUGCCUUAGCAUAUCCGAUCUCCCGAACAUCUCCUUCGCCCCAGGGACUUAAGCUACAUUACAGACAUGUUUUUUUUGCGAUUGAUUUGGUUAUUGUUUGUGAGAUGUUGUCUGCGCAUGCGUGAAUCCUAUGUAGACCCUCUGCCCGCGCAUGUGUACUAUAAAGGCACUCUUUCGAUCGCUUGCGGAAACCGGUUUCUCCUUUCAUUCGAGACUUCUAGGGACUCGAUUCUGUAAACUGUCAGUCGGUUAGAGACUACAGUCUUGCAUGCGUGGGUCUCGGAGACUUCAGAGAGGAGGUUGGUUGUGUGGAGUGCUCUAGCGGCGGCAACUUGCCGAUCGGAAAAAGUAACGUUCGUCGGAGCGUUUUCAAAGUAUUUUUCGGGAAGGUUUAGUCGGCCGGUGAGGCACCCCGGUAUCAAUACUCGAUGCCAUGCGAGCGCCAUAGUGCGUCUCUAAUAGCUAUUUUGACCCUCAUUUUCUAAACAUCAGCGGCACUUCGCGAGAGUUUUGUUUAGCAACGUGAGAAUGUCCGGGGUGGGGGAUAGCGAAGUAUUAGGACUCUUAGUUUGCUUGACAUUCGUAUAUAUAUUUUUCGAAGUGGUUACCAUGCCGAAAUUUCUUCAUGAGGUUCAUGAGGCGGGGUUAACAUGGUUGGCCGUGACAACAUGUAGUAGAACUUUUGUUCAAAAAAAAACAAAAAA